CUGCUGACCGCGCAUGCGCAAAGGCGGAACCUCGGGAAUCUGGACGAACGCUGUACACAUUGGGUGUAACGGGUCGUUUCCCUCUUUGAAAAGCUGCAGGAAUCAUGGGAGCUGUGUUCCUGCCAGCAGAUGCCGCGCACUCGGUGCUGCGAAGGUUCCCGAGAGCAAACUUUUUCUUGGAGGAGAUGAAACAAGGGAACAUCCAGCGAGAGUGCAGGGAGGAAAUUUGCAAUUAUGAAGAAGCCCGAGAGGCUUUUGAGAACGACGAGAAAACGAAGCGAUUCUGGGAGGAGUACCAGCGUGAGAGCAGCCCCAUGCCUGGAGGACUGGAAUCCAUUGCUGGCGGAGUUCAUUCCCUUUACCUGAUUUUACCCCUGCUGCUGGUUGUGCUGCUUAUUGCCGCAGUUUCCAUCACCGUUUGGAGAUGUCACUCACGCAAAAGAUCACAGCAAAGCCCUGCCAUUGGGCGUCCGCAAAGAGACACAACCCUAUCUGUAGUGUCAAUGGACCAGUGGGGACGGGACUUUCAUCCUGACGCCAGUCCUCACUCUGAGAUCAGUGCUCACAGUAGCCCUGCCUACCACGGUGCUGACCUCACACCUGGGCGGGGCAGUCGCGGUGACCCGCCCCCCUCAUACGAGGAAGCUGUGGGCCAUACGGAUGUACACAUUGAAGCAGAGCCUCCUCCUCAAUAUGAAGACAUCAUCAGCAACCAUGGUGCUACAGUUAUCAUCGCCCAGGGAAAGUGACUGUCUUCCUAGGAAAUUAUCCAGCCAUAUGUGUAAAUGAGUUUGUAAGCCUGUUAUUUGUUAUUUACUGUAUGUCGUCUUGUUUCAUUUUCAAGCCAAGCGUGGAGGUUUUGCAGGAUUGGGAAAUGCUUAUUUUUAUUACUAUCAAUAUUUCUCCACUAACUCCGACAGCUUUGAUUUACAAUUCCAUCACUAGUAAACCUGUUUAUUUAAUAUAAAGGGAACCACAGCUAACGCAAUAUUUUUUUCAGAACUGUUACAUGGACGUUGUUAACAAUGAACGAGCCGGUCAUUCAACUACGUGUAGUUUGUUUGCCCUUCAUCAGAUCGUUUUCAGAAGUGAUUGCAGAAUUUAUAAUAGCUCCUCUAAAAUUGUUAUCUUCCUAGUUACUAAGAGCGGUGGUUGCCAAAACAUUUCAGGAACAAACUGAAUACUUUUCAUUUGUUGCUGGCCUUUUAUCUGACCAUUUGAAAACCCAUGAUUUAAAGAUUCAGUGAAGAAGAAAAAAACAUUUUCAGGAACAAUUUAGGUUGUAAGUUUUAAUGUUACUGACAUGAUGUUGUCUGUUUUAUCCUUCAAAGGUUACGUUUAUUACGUUUGUAAAUGCAUAUGUAUCUGUAUCCAUCGGGCUCACAACCUCAGUGAAAAAUUGGUGUUGAUUUGGUUUUUAGUUGAGGUUUUAAACACUGUGUGUUAGAUUUUGUGACUUUGUUGAAAACACUUGAAUGGUAAACUAGUUACUAAUUAUGCUUGAGAGUUUUAAACGGUUAUCAAAUGCUGAUAACCUAUUGCAAAACGACUAAACAACCUCGGCCCUGAUGUUCUGUAGCAUUGUGGUUGUUAAUACUGAAUCAGCACAGGUCCAAGCUGUUUUUGUCCAGUGGGCAUCAAGUCAACGUAUGUGAGGUUUUGUUGACGUGUCUGCUGCGGCAAAUACAAAACAUUUGCACCCUCUCUGUAAAAUCCAGACUAGUCCCAUAAUCUAAUUAUGAGCAUCAAAGCCAUUUAUUUCACUAGAUGAUUUCAAUCUUUUGAUUUAUAUUAAAGAUAUAAAGGUUAUAUUUUCUUUAUAUGAAAGAAUGAUUUUACAGUAUGUAGAAAUCAGAAAAUCAAAGAAAUCGAGUUUAGCUGGGUUUUCACAGGCAAGUGUCCCAUUUGCAUUAGACCACAUUGAGUUAAAUGUCAAUACGUGGUAAAUGGGCUAUGCACCAGAGCCUUUUUUAGAGAAUACUUACCAUAAUGUAGGAGCAUUUUCAUGGUCACAGCCUUGUGAAAUUUAUCUUUAUUGUGGCCAAGGACUUAGCAGGGAUAUUAAGCAUCCCAAGCAUUAAGGCAGGAAAACUAGGAUAAGCAAGAUUUAUUAUAUACCAGCUCAGGGGAAGCGCGCUUUUUUAGAUUUGUGUAGAGGGUUAAUAACGUUUGUUCUGUUUCUCUAACAACCACAGAGAAUGUAAAAAGUCACAAUUAGAAAUAACUUGGCCAUGCUGAUUUGAUUCUUUGUUCAUUGUGGUAUAUCUUUAUUGUGUUUAAGAAACAUAUAUUCUUUCCCUUUAUGAUGUUGGGUUAAUAUCCAUAUUUUACUAUUUGGCCAUUGCUUUUUGGGUGGACUUGUGUAUUUAAAGGGAAACAGACACUGUUUACCUCUAAACCUUUUAUUCUUGAUUUAUCACAAAGAGUCUGAUCAGAGUACUUUAAACACUACAAUCAAGAGAAUCAAAGAUAAGGAUUAAAUUAUGGGAACAAACCCUCCCACUUCCCCAGAAUAUAAUGGAGACAAAACCUCAAUGAGAAAACCCUCAGUAUUAAAUGUCAGGAAAGUGUGAUUGCUUGAGUGUGUGAGAAAACAGUACAUUUCGAUGGGAAAAUUAUCAAUGCGUUUGUACUUGUUCAGUAAAUAUGAGCGGAUGCACAAAUUGCUCUUUAUUGUAAAGGAAUAUGAAUUAAUGUUUAUGAUGUGAUGAAUUAGGAAUGCUGUUUGGUUUAACUUAUCUGCUUUCUACAGUUUAUAUUUGGUAUGACGUCAUGCCCAACAUAAAUAUGCAAUAAAAUCCAUCACCAGCACUAACUCGGAAAAGCUUUGUGAAAAUCAAAACAGCCUCACUUUGCAUAAUUUUGUUUAUGUUUAUAAAGGUUAUGUGAAAUAAGACCACCAUCAUUUGAAAUGCAGUGAUGAUGUCUGGGUGGGUUUGAUGGAUGGAAUUUGUUGCAGAAUAGUUGCAGGCUGAUACUUUAUGUGGUGGUGUUUAUUGCUUAUGCCUUACUCAGAGAUAGAUAAAGAAAUUGUAUAUAUGUGUAUUAACAAAUUAAUGUUUUGUAAUGAUCAAGCCUGACUAUUAUUUGUAAUAAAAGUUUUUUGGCCCUUA